CGCCCGAGUUACAAGAGCCGCCUCCGCGCGCGGGGGCCCGGCCAUUUGGAGCAGCUCUGCCGCGGGGACUGCACCGUCCGCCCUGCCAGACCCGCCCCGAUUGGGACUCGUCGUCGCCAGCAGUCACAGCACUGCGACCUCCCGGCCCUUCACCGGCUAUGGCUGCGUCCUGGGGCUGAGCCUUCAGGUUGUGUGACCAAGAUUCCCAAAGAGAGAGAGACUGAUACAGAAAGAGAAGAAGGAGGGGCGGGCUCCUGGCAAGGCGUUUGCUCCUGAGAAGAGUCCUGCAAAGAUGGAGAAGGAGGAAGAGACAACCCGGGAGCUGCUACUGCCUAACUGGCAGGGCAGUGGCUCCCAUGGGCUGACCAUUGCCCAGAGGGAUGAUGGAGUCUUUGUACAGGAGGUGAUGCAGAACUCCCCUGCGGCCCGCACUGGGGUGGUCAAGGAGGGGGACAAGAUUGUGGGUGCCACCAUCUACUUUGACAACCUGCAGUCUGGUGAGGUGACCCAGUUGCUGAAUACCAUGGGGCAUCACACCGUUGGCUUGAAGUUGCACCGUAAAGGGGACCGUUCCCCUGAGCCUGGACAGACCUGGACCCACGAAGUCUUCAGUUCCCAUAGCUCUGAGGUGGUUCUGAGUGGGGAUGAUGAGGACUACCAGCGCAUCUACACCACAAAGAUCAAGCCACGCCUGAGGUCGGAGGAUGGAAUAGAAGGGGACCUUGGGGAGACCCAGAGCCGUACCAUCACAGUGACCAGAAGGGUUACAGCCUACACUGUGGACGUGACCGGUCGAGAAGGAGUGAAGGACAUUGACAUCAGCAGCCCUGAGUUCAUGAUCAAGAUACCAAGGCAUGAAGUGACUGAAAUCUCCAACACGGAUGUGGAAACCCAACUUGGGAAAACAGUGAUCCGACUGCCCUCGGGAUCCGGGGCAGCCUCUCCAACCACAGUCUCUGCUGUGGAUAUCCGGGCAGGUGCCAUCUCUGCUUCUGGACCAGAGCUUGAAGGUGCCGGCCACUCAAAAUUCCAGGUCACUGUGCCUGGGGCAAAGGUGGGAAGCCUAGAUGUCAAUGUCAAAGCAAAAGGCUUGGACUUGGGUGGCAAAGGAGGGAUCCAAGUUCCAGGAGUGGAUGUUUCAUCUUCUCUUGGGACUGGCUCAGUAGAGGUACAGGGCCCAUCCCUCCAGAGUGGUGAUAUUGGGAAAAUUAAAAUUCCUACCAUGAAGAUGCCAAAAUUUGGUGUCUCAGCAGGCCCAGAGGGCCAGAUACCAGAGGUAGGGCUGAAUGUUUCUGCACCUGAAUUCUCUGUGGGACAUGAAGGUGACAAGCCAGGCUUGGCUAUUGGGGGAAACAUCCAGGCUCCUCACCUGGGAGUAAGUUCCUCCUCUGUCAAUAUUGAGGGGCUUGAAGGGAAGCUGAAGGGUCCCCAAAUCACUGGGCCAUCACUUGAGGGUGACUUAGGCCUGAAAGGUACCAAACUGCAAGGGAACAUAGGAAUGGAUGCCUGUGCUUCCAAAAUUGAGGGCAACAUCACUGGUCCUAGUGUGGAAAUCGGAACUCCUGAUGUUGAUGUUCAUGGGCUAGGGGGCAAACUGAAUGUGCCCAAGAUGAAAGUCCCUAAAUUCUCUGCAUCAGGUUCAAAGGGAGAGGGAGUUGGCCUUAAUGUGGCACUGCCCACAGGUGAAGUAACCCUUCCUGGGGUCUCUGGGGAUGUCAAUCUGCCUGAGAUUGCUACUGGUGGGCUCGAAGGGAAGAUGAAGGGUGCUAAAGUCAAGACUCCUGAAAUGGUUGUCCAGAAACCUAAGAUCUCCAUGCAGGAUGUGGAUCUGAGCCUCGGGUCCUGUAAACUGAAAGGAAAUAUGAAGGUAUCUGCUCCUGAGGUGAAAGGUGAUGUUAAAGGCCCUCAGGUGGCAGUUAAAGGCUCCAGAGUGGACAUAGAGACACCAAACUUAGAGGGGACCUUGACAGGUCCCAAGCUCAGCAGCCCUUCUGGAAAAAUAGGGGCCUGUAGGAUUUCUAUGGCAGAUGUAGACUUAAAUGUAGCUGCACCUAAGGGGAAAGGGAGUGUAGAUGUCAGUCUCCCCAAAGUAGAAGGAAAAGCCAAAGGUCCUGAAGUUGAUGUCAAAGGCCCCAAAAUGGACAUCAGUGCCCCAGAUGUGGAAGUUCAUGGUCCAGAAUGGAACUUGAAGAUGCCCAAGUUCAGUGUCUCAGGAGUCAAAGGAGAAGGCUCAGAUGUUACUCUGCCCAAAGGAGAUAUCAGUAUUUCAGGGCCUAAGGUCAAUGUAGAAGCUCCAAAUGUCAACAUGGAGGGUCUGGGUGGCAAACUUAAAGGCCCUGACAUUAAUCUUCCUGAAGUAAGUGUCAAGACUCCAAAGAUUUCUAUACCUGAUGUGGAUCUGCAUAUCAAAGGGCCAAAGGUGAAGGGAGAGUAUGAGGUAACAACACCAAAGCUUGAGGGAGAACUGAAAGGCCCCAAAGUGGACAUUGACACCCCACAAGUGGAUGUGCAUGGCCCAGACCUGAAGAUUCCCAAGAUGAAAAUGCCCAAAUUCAGCGUGCCAGGGUUCAAAGCAGAGGGUCCAGAAGUAGAUGUGAACCUGCCCAAGGCUGACAUUGACAUUUCUGGGACUAAGGUGGAGGUCAGUGCUCCAGAUGUAAGCAUUGAAGGACCAGAAGGGAAGUUGAAAGGGCAUAAGUUUAAAAUGCCUGAAAUGAAUAUCAGAGCUCCAAAGAUCUCCAUGCCAGAUGUGGACUUACACUUAAAAGGCCCCAAUGUAAAGGGAGAAUAUGAUGUCACAGUGCCAAGGGCAGAAGGUAAGAUGAAAGUUCCUGAUGUUGAACUUAAAAGUGCUAAAGUGGACAUUGAUGUUCCAAAUGUGGAUGUUCAAGGUCCUGAAUGGCAUAUGAAGAUGCCGAAGAUAAAAAUGCCCAAGUUUGGCAUGCCAGGCUUCAAGGCAGAGAGCCCAGAAGUGGAGGUGGAUCUCCCAAAGGCUGACAUUGAUGUAUCAGGACCCAAGAUGAAUGUCAAAGUUCCAGAUGUGAACAUUGAAGGACCCGAAGGAAAGCUGAAGGAUCCUAAGCUGAAGAUGCCUGAGGUGAAUAUCAAGGCCCCAAAGAUAUCCAUGCCUGAUGUGGAUUUGCAUAUGAAAGGUCCCAAGGUAAAAGGAGAAUAUGAUGUCACAAUGCCAAAGAUAGAAGGAGACUUGAAAGGCCCCAAAGUAGAUGGCAGUGCUCCAGAUGUUGAUGUUCAUGGUCCCGAUUGGAACUUGAAAAUGCCAAAGAUUAAAAUGCCCAAAUUCAGCAUGCCUAGUCUCAAAGGAGAAGGCCCAGAGUUGGAUGUGAACAUGCCCAAGGCUGAUGUGGACAUUUCUGUACCAAAGCUAGAUAUUAGUGCUCCAGAUUUGAACCUUGAGGGGCCAGAAGGGAAGUUGAAAGGCCCCAAAUUUAAGAUGCCUGAGAUGCACUUCAAGGCUCCAAAGGUGUCUCUACCAGAUGUGGACCUGGAUCUCAAAGGACCCAAAAUGAAAGGAAAUCUAGACAUGUCUGCACCAAAAUUAGAGGGAGAGAUGAAAGUUCCAGAUGUGGACAUUAAAGGUCCAAAUGUAGAUAUUAAAGCACCAGAGGUGGAUGGGCAAGGCCCAGACUGGAGCCUGAAGAUGCCAAAGAUGAAAAUGCCCAAGUUCAGUAUGCCUACUCUCAAAGGUGAGGGUCCAGAUGUGGAUGUGAGCCUGCCUAAGGCUACUAUUGAUGUCUCAGGACCUAAACUUGAUGUUGAAACCUCAGAUGUGAGCCUUGAGGGCCCAGAAGGAAAGCUGAAGGGCCCCAAGUUCAAGAUGCCUGAUAUGCACUUCAAGGCCCCAAAGGUUUCAAUGCCUGAUGUGGACUUAAACAUGAAAGGCCCCAAAGUCAAGGGGGACGUGGAUGUGACAGUGCCCAAGGUAGAAGGUGAAGUGAAAGUGCCAGAUGUGGACAUAAAAGGCCCUAAGGUGGGCAUUGAUGUCCCAGAUGUGGAUGUGCAUGGCCCAGACUGGCACCUGAAGAUGCCCAAGAUGAAAAUGCCAAAGUUCAGCAUGCCUGGUUUCAAAGCAGAAGGCCCAGAAGUAGAUGUGAGCCUGCCCAAGGCUGAUCUUGAUGUCUCAGGACCCAAAGUUGAUAUUGAGGCCCCAGAUGUGAGCAUUGAGGGACCAGAAGGGAAGCUGAAGGGCCCAAAGUUUAAGAUGCCUGACAUGCACUUCAAGGCCCCCAAGAUCUCCAUGCCUGAUGUGGACUUGAAUAUUAAGGGGCCCAAAGGAAAAGCAGAUGUGGAUGCAUCAUUGCCUGAGGUAGAGGGUGAAAUAAAAGUGCCAGAUGUGGACAUUAAAGGGCCCAUAGUUGGCAUUGAUGCUCCAGAUGUUGAGGUUCAUGGCCCAGAUUGGCACCUUAAGAUGCCUAAGAUGAAAAUGCCCAAGUUCAGUAUGCCUGGCUUCAAAGGAGAAGGCCCAGAAGUAGACAUCCCCAAGGCCAACAUUGAUGUUUCAGGACCCAAGGUAGACAUUGAUGCUCCAGAUGUAAAUAUUGAAUGUCCAGAUACAAAACUAAAAGGUCCAAAAUUUAAGAUGCCAGAAGUGAACAUAAAGCCUCAGAAGAUAUCCAUGCCAGAUGUUAGCUUGAAUUUGAAAGGCCCUAAGGUAAAAGCAGAACAUGAUGUCUCAGUUCCAAAAGUGGGAGGAGAAAUAAAAGCUCCUGCUGUUGACAUCAAAGGCCCCAAAGUGGAGGCACCAGAUGUGGAAGUUCAUGGCCCAGACUGGCAUUUGAAGAUGCCCAAGGUAAAAAUGCCCAAGUUCAGCAUGCCUGGCUUCAAAGGAGAAGGCCCUGAAGUAGAUGUGAAUCUUCAAAAGGCCAAUAUUGAUGUCUCAGGACCCAAAAUGGACAUUGAUGUUCCAGAUGUGAAUAUUGAAGGGCCAGAAGGGAAACUUAAGGGCUCCAAGUUCAAGAUGCCAAGCAUGAAUAUACAGACACACAAAAUCUCUAUGCCUGAUGUUGGGCUUAAUUUGAAAGGACCUAAACUGAAAAGUGGUGUAGAUGUUUCUCUUCCAAAAGUAGAGGGAGAUUUGAAAGGUCCCGAAGUUGAUGUGGAUGUUGGUGAUAUUGAUAUUGAAUGUCCAGAAGGGAAGCUGAAGGGUCCCAAGUUCAAGAUGCCUGACAUGCACUUCAAGGCCCCUAAGAUCUCCAUGCCUGAUGUAGAUUUACACCUGAAAGGCCCCAAAGUCAAGGGGGACGUGGAUGUGACAGUGCCCAAGAUAGAAGGUGAAAUGAAAGUGCCAGAUGUGGAUAUCAAAGGCCCUAAAGUGGACAUCAAUGCCCCAGAUGUGGAUGCGCGUGGCCCAGACUGGCACCUGAAGAUGCCCAAGGUGAAAAUGCCCAAGUUCAGCAUGCCUGGCUUCAAAGGAGAAGGCCCAGAAGUGGAUGUGAGCUUGCCCAAGGCUGACAUUGAUGUCUCAGGACCCAAGGUGGACAUUGAUGUUCCAGAUGUGAACAUUGAAGGGCCAGAUGCAAAAUUGAAAGGCUCCAAAUUUAAGAUGCCUAAGUUGAAUAUCAAGGCUGCCAAGAUCUCCAUGCCUGAUGUGGACUUGAAUUUGAAGGGGCCCAAACUGAAAGGAGAGAUAGAUGCUUCUGUGCCAGAAAUGGAAGCUGAUCUCAGAGGUCCUCAAGUUGAUGUCAAAGGGCCCAAUGUGGAUGUGAAAGUACCUGAUAUUGAUCUGGAAUGUCCUGAUGCAAAGUUGAAAGGCCCCAAGUUCAAGAUGCCUGACAUGCACUUUAAGGCUCCUAAGAUCUCCAUGCCCGAUGUGGACUUGCAUCUGAAAGGCCCCAAAGUCAAGGGGGACAUAGAUGUGGCAGUGCCAAAAUUAGAGGGAGAAUUAAAAGGCCCAAAUGUGAAUGUGGAAGUGCCUGAUGUUGAUCUGGAAUGUCCUGAUGCAAAGUUGAAAGGCCCCAAGUUCAAGAUGCCUGACAUGCACUUCAAGGCUCCUAAGAUCUCCAUGCCUGAUGUAGAUUUACACCUGAAAAGCCCCAAAGUCAAGGGGGACGUGGAUGUGACAGUGCCCAAGAUAGAAGGUGAAAUGAAAGUGCCAGAUGUGGACAUCAAAGGCCCUAAAGUGGACAUCAGUGCCCCAGAUGUGGAUGUGCAUGGCCCAGACUGGCACCUGAAGAUGCCCAAGAUGAAAAUGCCCAAGUUCAGCAUGCCUGGCUUCAAAGGAGAAGGCCCAGAAGUGGAUGUGAACUUGCCCAAGGCUGACAUUGAUGUCUCAGGACCCAAGGUGGACAUUGAUGUUCCAGAUGUGAAUAUUGAAGGGCCAGAUGCAAAACUGAAGGGCCCCAAGUUCAAGAUGCCUGACAUGCACUUUAAGGCCCCCAAAAUAUCCAUGCCUGAUGUGGACUUACAUCUGAAAGGUCCCAAAAUCAAGGGAGACAUGGAUGUGGCAGUGCCAAAAUUAGAGGGAGAAUUAAAAGGCCCAAGUGUGGAUGUGGAAGUGCCUGAUGUUGACCUGGAAUGUCCUGAUGCAAAGUUGAAAGGCCCCAAGUUCAAGAUGCCUGACAUGCACUUCAAGGCCCCUAAGAUCUCCAUGCCUGAUGUGGACUUGCAUCUGAAAGGCCCCAAAGUCAAGGGGGACAUAGAUGUGGCAGUGCCAAAAUUAGAGGGAGAAUUAAAAGGCCCAAGUGUGGAUGUGGAAGUGCCUGAUGUUGACCUGGAAUGUCCUGAUGCAAAGUUGAAAGGCCCCAAGUUCAAGAUGCCUGACAUGCACUUCAAGGCUCCUAAGAUCUCCAUGCCUGAUGUAGAUUUACAUCUGAAAGGCCCCAAAGUCAAGGGGGACGUGGAUGUGACAGUGCCCAAGAUAGAAGGUGAAAUGAAAGUGCCAGAUGUGGAUAUCAAAGGCCCUAAAGUGGACAUCACUGCCCCAGAUGUGGAUGUGCAUGGCCCAGACUGGCACCUGAAGAUGCCCAAGAUGAAAAUGCCCAAGUUCAGCAUGCCUGGCUUCAAAGGAGAAGGCCCAGAAGUGGAUGUGAACUUGCCCAAGGCUGACAUUGAUGUCUCAGGACCCAAGGUGGACAUUGAUGUUCCAGAUGUGAAUGUUGAAGGGCCAGAUGCAAAGUUGAAAGGCCCCAAGUUUAAGAUGCCUGACUUCAAGGCCCCCAAGAUUUCCAUGCCUGAUGUUGAUUUCAACUUAAAGGGUCCUAAAAUCAAAGGAGAUAUUGAUGUUUCAGUCCCAAAGCUUGAAGGAGAAUUAAAGAGUCCAGAACUCGAUGUCAAGGGCCCCAAACUGGAUGCCAACAUACCUGAAGUAGCUGUGGAAGGCCCAGAAGGUAAAUGGAAAAGCCCCAAGUUCAAGAUGCCAGACAUGCACUUCAAAGCUCCCAAAAUCUCCAUGCCAGACAUUGAUCUUCACUUAAAAAGUCCAAAGAUAAAGGGGGAGGUGGAUGUAGAUGUUCCCAAAUUGGAAGGAGACCUCAAAGGGCCAAAUGUGGACAUGAGUGGGCCAGACAUUGAGAUUGAAGGACCAGAGGGCAAAUUGAAAGGCCCGAAGUUCAAAAUGCCUGAGAUGAACAUCAAGGCCCCCAAGAUCUCAAUGCCAGACUUACAUCUUAAGGGUCCCAAAGUGAAGGGUGAUGUAGAUGUUUCUCUGCCCAAGGUAGAAGGUGACCUCAAAGGCCCAGAGGUUGACAUCAAAGGCCCCAAAGUGGACAUCAGUGCUCCAGAUGUAGACGUGCAGGGUCCAGACUGGCACCUGAAGAUGCCCAAGAUGAAAAUGCCCAAGUUCAGCAUGCCUGGUUUCAAAGGAGAAGGCCCUGAAGUAGAUGUGAACCUGCCCAAGGCUGAUCUUGAUGUCUCAGGACCCAAAGUGGACAUUGAUGUUCCAGAUGUGAACAUUGAAGGGCCAGAUGCAAAACUGAAGGGCCCCAAAUUCAAGAUGCCUGAGAUGAACAUCAAGGCUCCCAAGAUCUCCAUGCCAGAUUUACAUCUUAAGGGUCCCAAACUAAAGGGUGAUGUAGAUGUUUCCCUGCCCAAAGUGGAAGGUGACCUCCAAGGCCCAGAGGUUGACAUCAAAGGCCCCAAAGUGGACAUCAGUGCCCCAGAUGUUGAUGUGCAGGGCCCAGACUGGCACUUGAAGAUGCCCAAGGUGAAAAUGCCCAAGUUUAGCAUGCCUGGUUUCAAAGGAGAAGGCCCUGAAGUAGAUGUGAACCUGCCCAAGGCUGAUCUUAAUGUCUCAGGACCCAAGGUGGAUAUCGAUGUUCCAGAUGUGAACAUUGAAGGGCCAGAUGCAAAACUGAAGGGCCCCAAGUUCAAGAUGCCUGAGAUGAACAUCAAAGCCCCCAAGAUCUCCAUGCCAGAUUUACAUCUUAAGGGUCCCAAACUAAAGGGUGAUGUCGAUGUUUCCCUGCCCAAAGUGGAAGGUGACCUCCAAGGCCCAGACGUUGACAUCAAAGGCCCCAAAGUGGACAUUGAUGUUCCAGAUGUCGAUGUUCAUGGUCCAGACUGGCACCUGAAGAUGCCCAAGGUGAAAAUGCCUAAGUUUAGCAUGCCUGGUUUCAAAGGAGAAGGCCCUGAAGUAGAUGUGAACCUGCCCAAGGCUGAUCUUGAUGUCUCAGGACCCAAGGUGGACAUUGAUCUUCCAGAUGUGAAUAUUGAAGGUCCAGAUGCAAAACUGAAGGGUCCUAAAUUCAAGAUGCCUGAGAUGAACAUCAAGGCCCCCAAGAUCUCCAUGCCUGACUUUGAUUUGCAUCUUAAAGGACCAAAAGUGAAGGGUGAUGUGGAUGUGUCUCUGCCCAAAGUGGAAGGAGACCUCAAAGGCCCAGAGGUUGACAUCAAAGGCCCCAAAGUGGACAUCAAUGCCCCAGAUGUGGAUAUGCAGGGACCAGACUGGCACCUGAAGAUGCCCAAGGUGAAAAUGCCCAAGUUCAGCAUGCCUGGUUUCAAAGGAGAAGGCCCUGAAGUAGAUGUGAACCUGCCCAAGGCUGAUCUUGAUGUCUCAGGACCCAAGGUGGACAUUGAUGUUCCAGAUGUGAACAUUGAAGGGCCAGAUGCAAAACUGAAGGGCCCCAAGUUCAAGAUGCCUGAGAUGAACAUCAAAGCCCCCAAGAUCUCCAUGCCUGACAUUGACUUAAACCUCAAAGGCCCCAAAGUGAAGGGUGAUGUGGAUGUUUCCAUUCCAAAUAUAGAGGGUGACUUGAAAGGCCCUUCUCUUGACAUAAAGGGCCCAAAAUUAGAUGUAAAUGCUCCAGAUAUUGACAUUCAUGGUCCUGAAGGCAAAUUAAAAGGUCCCAAACUGAAAAUGCCUGACAUGAAUGUAAACAUGCCCAAGAUCUCCAUGCCAGAAAUUGACUUGAAUUUAAAGGGCUCAAAGGUCAAGGGAGAUGUUGAUAUCUCUGGACCCAAGCUGGAGGGUGACAUUAAAACUCCCAAGGUGGAUGUAAAGGGCCCAGAACUGGACAUUUCUGCUCCUAAAGUCAAUAUUGAUGGGAAAGCAAAGAAAUCUCGUUUUAAGCUUCCUAAAUUUAAUUUUUCUGGGUCCAAAGUUCAGACACCUGAAGUGGAUGUCAAACUUAAAAAACCAGAUGUUGAUAUAACAGCUCCAAAGUUUGAUAUUAAUGCUCCAGAAGUUGAAGUCCAAGGUAAAGUGAAAGGAUCCAAGUUUAAAAUGCCUUUCCUGAGCAUUUCAUCUCCCAAAGUCUCCAUGCCCGAUGUGGAGCUAAACUUGAAAGGUCCUAAAAUCAAAGGAGACUUAGAUGUAUCAGGCCCAAAUUUAGAAGGAGACUUCAAAAGUCCCAAAGUGGACAUUAAAGCACCAGAUGUUCAACUUAAUGCACCAGAUGUGGAUGUUCAUGGUCCAGAAUGGAAUCUGAAAAUGCCCAAGAUGAAAAUGCCCAAGUUCAGUGUGUCUGGUGUAAAAGCAGAAGGGCCUGAUGUGGCUGUGAAUUUACCAAAGGGAGAUAUCAAUAUAGAAGCUCCCAGUAUGAAUAUUGAGGGCCCAGAACUCAAUGUGGAAUGUCCAGAGGGAAGCUUAAAAGGCCCAAAGUUCAAGAUGCCUGAGAUGAACAUCAAAGCCCCCAAGAUCUCCAUGCCUGACAUUGACUUAAACCUGAAAGGCCCCAAAGUGAAGGGUGAUGUGGAUGUGUCUCUGCCCAAAGUGGAAGGUGAGAUUAAAGUUCCUGAAGUUGACAUCAAAGGCCCCAAAGUGGACAUUGAUGUUCCAGAUGUGGAUGUUCAUGGCCCAGACUGGCACCUGAAAAUGCCCAAGGUGAAAAUGCCCAAGUUCAGCAUGCCUGGCUUCAAAGGAGAGGGUCCUGAAGUGGAUGUGAGCUUUCCCAAGGCUGAACUUGAUGUCUCAGGACCCAAAGUGGACAUUGAUGUUCCAGAUGUGGAUGUUCACGGCCCAGACUGGCACCUGAAGAUGCCCAAGGUGAAAAUGCCCAAGUUCAGCAUGCCUGGCUUCAAAGGAGAAGGUCCAGAGGUAGAUGUGAACCUGCCCAAGGCUGACCUUGAUGUUUCAGGACCCAAGGUGGACAUUGAUGUUCCAGAUGUGAAUAUUGAAGGUCCAGAUGCAAAACUGAAGGGUCCUAAAUUCAAGAUGCCUGAGAUUAACAUCAAGGCUCCCAAGAUCUCUAUGCCUGAUAUUGAUCUGGAGUUAAAAGGACCCAAAGUGAAAGGAGCCUUUGAUGGGUCUGCUCCUAAGAUUGAAGGUACUCUCAAAGGACCUGAAAUAGAUCUGAAAGGGCCAGGUCUGGAUUUUGAAGGUCCUGAUGCUAAACUUAGUGGUCCUAACUUGAAGAUGCCAUCGCUGGAGGUAUCUGUUCCUAAAAUAACUGGGCCUGAUGCUAAUGUGCACCUCAAGACACCAAAAGUUGGAAUUUCUGGGCCUAAGUUAGGAGGUGGUGAAGUAGACCUCAAGGGGCCUAAAGUUGAUUUAGAAACGCCAAGCUUAGAUGUCCACAUGGAGAGCCCAGAUAUUAAUAUUGAGGGGCCAGAUGUUAAAGUUCCGAAGUUUAAGAAACCCAAGUUUGGAUUUGGUGCAAAAAGCCCCAAAGCUGACAUCAAGACACCUGCAGUUGAUGUGACUGUCCCAGAAGCAGAGCUGAGUGUUGAUUCUCCUGAAAUAAACAUUGGUGGCAAGGGCAAGAAAAGCAAAUUUAAAAUGCCUAAAAUUCACAUGAGUGGUCCUAAAGUUAAGGCCAAAAAACAGGGAUUUGAUUUGAAUAUUCCUGGAGGUGAAAUUGAUGCCAGUCUCAAAGCUCCUGAUGUAGAUGUCAGUGUUGCAGGACCUGAUGCUGCACUCAAAGCUGAAGUAAAAUCUCCCAAAGUCAAGAAAACUAUGUUUGGAAAAAUGUACUUUCCAGAUGUAGAAUUUGACAUUAAGUCACCUAAAUUUAAAGCAGAGGCACCCCUACCGAGCCCCAAGUUGGAGGGUGAAAUCAAGGUACCAGAUGUGGAUAUUUCUUCACCAGGGAUUAAUAUGGAAGCUCCUGAUAUUCAUGUGAAGGCUCCCAAGUUCAAGGUGCCAAGUGUGGAAGCCUCAGGGCCAAAGAUAGAGGGCAACUUGAAAGGUCUCAAGGUACAGGCAAACUUGGACACACCUGACAUCAAUGUCGAAGGCCCCGAAGCUAAAAUCAAGGCACCCUCUUUUAGUGUUUCUGCUCCUCAAGUCUCCAUACCUGAUGUGAAUGUUAAGUUGAAAGGACCAAAGAUAAAGGGUGAUGUUCCCAGUGUGGGACUGGAAGGACCUGAUGUAGAUCUGCAAGGUCCAGAAGGAAAAAUCAAGUUCCCUAAGUUUUCAUUGCCCAAGAUCAGUGCCCCUGGCAUGAAAAUGGAAGGUGGGAGCCCUGAGAUUUGUGCUCAGAUGCCCUCUCUUGAAGGAGGGUUGAGUACAUCAGGUGUUAAGCUUGAAGGGCCUGAUAUUUCUCUAAAGGGCCCGGGAGUAGACUUGCCUUCAGUGGACCUCUCUAUGCCAAAAGUGUCUGGGCCUGAUCUUGACCUGAACUUGAAAGGACCAAGUUUGAAGGGAGACCUGGGUGCCUCUAGUCCCAGCAUGAAGCUGCAUGCUCCAGGUCUUGACCUCAAAGGUGUUGGUGGAAAAGUACAGAUAGGAGCAGAUGGUGUGAACGUGUCAGGGAUUGAUGCCACCACGGCACUCAGUGUGGGAGCACCAGAUGUGACACUGAAGGGACCAAGUCUACAGGGAGAUCUGGCUGUGUCUGGAGACAUCAAGUGCCCUAAAGUAUCUGCGGCUACUCCUGAUGUUAGCUUGGAGGCCUCCGAAGUUGGUGUCAAACUUCCCCACAUGAAGCUGCCUCAGUUCGGCAUCUCUACUCCGGGGUCUGACUUGGACAUUAACAUCAAGGGGCCACAAGUUUGUGGAGAAUUAAAGGGGUCAGGGAUGGAUGUGAAUCUGAAAGGGCCUCAGAUCUCAGCACCAAGCAUGGACUUUAGCUUGGAAGGACCAAAAGUGAAGGGGGGCCUCGAGGCCGCUGGUGAAUUGAAAGGCCCAGCGAUUGGGGGAGGUCUUCCAGGCAUAAGUAUUCAAGGCCCAGAAGGAAACCUCCAAAUGCCUGGAAUUAAGGCUUCUGGUUGUGAUGUGAAACUCUCAUCAGGGCAGAUUUCUGGUCCCGAAAUUAAAGGAGAUCUGAAAGGUUCAGGAAUAGGUCUCCAUGGGGCUGUUCCCGAUAUCAGUGUCAAGGGGCCUUCCUUUAAUGUGGACCCCAAAGUCAAAGGAGGUGUAGAUGUUUCAGGGGGUGUCAGUGUCCCAGAUAUCAACCUGGGUGAAAGGCAUAUGAGUGUUAAAGGCUCUGGAGUUGAGUGGAAGGGACCCCAAGUCUCCUCUUCUCUAAACUUGGAUACAUCUAAACUUGCUGGGAACCUUCAUUUCUCAGGACCAAAGAUAGAAGGAGAUGUGAAAGGGGGCCAGAUCGGACUCCAGGGUCCUGGGCUGAGCGUGUCUGGGCCACAAGGUCACUUGGAAAGUGGAUCUGGAAAAGUAACAUUCCCCAAGAUGAAGAUCCCUAAAUUUACCUUCUCUGGCCGCGAGCUCAUAGGUAGAGAAGUAGGGGUGGAUGUCAACUUCCCUAAAGUGGAGGCCAAUGUGCAGGCUGGUGCUGGAGAAGGCGAAUGGGAAGAGUCUGAAGUAAAACUUAAAAAAUCCAAAAUCAAAAUGCCCAAGUUUACCUUUUCUAAACCUAAAGGGAAAGGUAGUGUCACUGGCUCACCAGAAGCAUCCAUUUCUGGGUCCAAAGGGGACCUGAAGAGCUCCAAGGCCAGCUUGGGCUCUCUGGAGGGAGAAGUGGAAGCCGAGGCAUCCUCACCCAAAGGCAAAUUCUCCCUGUUUAAAAGUAAGAAGCCAAGACACCGCUCCAACUCCUUCAGCGAUGAGAGGGAGUUCUCAGCACCUUCCACCCCAACUGGGACUUUGGAGUUUGCAGGUGGAGAAGUUAAAGGCAAACAUGCAAAGCUGAAGUUUGGUACCUUUGGUGGCUUGGGAUCAAAGAGCAAAGGUCAUUAUGAGGUUACUGGGAGUGAUGACGAGGCAGGCAAGUUACAGGGGAGUGGAGUGUCCUUGGCCUCGAAGAAGUCCCGACUGUCUUCCUCCUCUAGUAACGACAGUGGGGCCAAGGUUGGCAUCCAGCUUCCUGAGGUAGAGCUAUCAGUUUCCACAAAGAAAGAGUAGUGGGCCUUCAUGAAUGUACAUAUAUAUAUAUAUAUUAAAACAUCAGCCUUGGGUGUGUUUGUAUAUAAACUCCAAAGAGAAACACCCCAGUAGCCUCAGCAAUAGUGGCAAGUGCCGACAAACCAAGUGCCUGGAGGCUCCCGGGACUCUGCAGCUAGGUAAAGAGUUCUAAGUUCACCUGACCCAUGUGCAAAGUCAACAGUAUUUGCCUUAAGAUUUCAGUUUUUUUUGGUUCCUUUUUUCUUUUUUCUUUUGCAUCGGACGCUGAGAGCUCGUGUUUACUAAGCAAGCUUUUGUGUUUUAUCUUCCUUAUUUUUACUGAACAUCCUUAGUAUCUGGGUAAUGGAAACCCACUCUUUUUUUUUUUCAUUGUAAUGACUUUGGGGGCUUAUUGUGAGUAAGGGAGGGUGGGGUAAAAGGUGGCAGAGGAGGCAAGGUCUUCAUUGCUCUGAGGGUUGGGCCCUUGAAGCCCUGGCAUGGCCCCGAGGAGGUGGCAGCCAGUGGGUGGUUGUUUCUCAACCUCUGUAGCAUGACUUUUUAAUCCCCAGGUGUGUUAAUCGCAGCCUAGUUUGGUGCUCGAGGUGAGAGGGGAUUUCAAUCUGUUUGCAAAUUGUCCAACCCAACAGGUCAAUGGGAGGGGCUUACAUUCUGGGUUUGGUAAGAAAAGUGUUCAUUCAUGACCGCUGUGUCCUGAGAAAAGUUCCAAUUUCUUUUAACAAAUGUCAUCAUGAUUAAGGAAAUAUCUGGCAUUUUAAUGGCAAAUUAAUUGAGAAUGUAUGAAAGUCGAUGCUGUUCAAGCCAAAUAAAGCUCUUUAUUAACCCUGA